AAAAAAAAAAAAAAAAAAAAAAAAACAGCACACGAAAACGCUAGGGCUAGUGUCGGAGUUGGUUGCUGUCGGGUGCUGUGCUGUGCUGUGCGGUGCGGCGUGUAUAUGUUCUUAGCGUUGGCGCUGCGGAGUCUGUGUGGUUUGGGGGCGGGGCUGGCUUUGCUGGCUAUGCUGGCUUUUUUUCAUUUUCGGUUUCGGUUUUUUGGGUUUGCGGCUGUGGGGGUGGUGGUGGUGGUGGUGGUGGUUCUGGUUGUAUUGUUGUACUGUAUCAUUAUCACAUCUCGUUUUUGGUGGGUUGUGCUUUGUGAGUGAGUGCUCGCUGCUUCGAGAAUGGCCAAAAAAAGGUCUAGCAAGGACAGACGACGAGGGGUGAAAGUGCGUGUAAUCCGCACCGAGGAUCCAGGUAAAACGUUAAACAAACACAGCAGCGGUCGAUGGGGGUUGAUGUUUAUGUUUAUUUACCGCCAAACUACCACCACCACCACCACCACAACUACAACAGCAGCAGUCUCUAAUCAAACAGACACACACAUACACGCACCCUUUCCCCCCCUUACCCUCCUCCCCCUUCAACACAACCGCACACGGCCUUAUCGAUAGC